GCUCUUCGGCUUGCCGGUCAGUCAGUCUGUCGGUUUCAAGUGACAAAAGCAUCCAUCUAAGCUGACAAAGAGAUCGAUUUGGUGGCGGAGAGAGCAGCAGGCCGUGAUCCACUCGAGUCUGCGGCCGGCGUGGCUCCCUCGCCAUCACAACUCGUCCAUCUUCCUUUCCUACAUUCUUACUCCCACCACUUGUCUCCUCUCAAUCUCGCUUCCUCUCCGACGUUGUUGUCUAAGCUAGCAAGGUAGGACAUGGCUGCCGCUGUGUCCUUCUCCGCGGCCUCCCGGCUGAGAGCUCUUCCCACGUGGUCCAGCUCCGUGUCCUGCGACGACCACUCCACCCUGGCCAUGUCGGUGCCGGCGCCGGCGCGCCCCCGUUCGGCGCGACCGCUACGGUCGCCUGCGCGGAUGAUGGGCAACGUGAACGCGGGGAAGGGGCUGUUCGCGCCGCUCGUGGUGGUGGCGCGCAACAUCAUCGGCCGCAAGCGCUUCAACCAGUUCAGGGGGAAGGCCAUCGCGCUACACUCCCAGGUCAUCACCGAGUUCUGCAAGACCAUCGGCGCCGACUCGAAGCAGAGGCAGGGCCUGAUCCGCAUCGCCAAGAAGAACGGAGAGAAGCUCGGAUUCCUUGCCUGACGUGUGAUGCUGCUCCCAUUUUCUAAAGCUUUAUUGUUAUUAUUAUUAUUGAAUAUGUAGUACGAUGAUUACUAUGAUAUGGUUAAGUGAUGCAUGCAUGAUA